AUGGAUGAUACUUUAAGUGUCGGAGAUACAGUGUGUUUGUAUUCGGCGGAACGUUCUGGAUUUAUCUUCUCAACCCAAUCCAGCUCAGUACACAAUGAAGUCGCUGUGGGUUCACAACAAGACAGGCAACAACCCAACGUAAAAGAUCAGCAGGUGAUUUCAUUCCAUCUGGAGGUUGCUAAUCGCUACAAACUCAACAAGCAGCUACGAAAGUUACAGGCAAAAUUAGCAAAAGAUCCAGAUGAUACAGAUUUAAGGAACACAGUCUCCAUGGCAAAGCCUGCUGCUGAAGAAGAAAAUGAGGACAACAUUUUGGAACAAAAGAGACAGCAAGGAAAGAAAGUCCUUUAUGGACAGAUCAUACAGUUACGGCAUCUCUUUACGAAUAAAUAUAUCCAUGUCAGUACCACAAAAACGUCGGACACAGAAACAAACAACAUGGCGGUGGAACUGAAAGAAGAGAAUUCUAAGCAUGCGCAAUUCCGAUUAAUGCCGAGAUACAAAGUCAAAGCAGAAGGCGACGUGGUCCAAGUUGACGACCAGGUGGUCCUGGAGAGCGUCAAGUCCCCGUACUCCUACCUACACGUUAGCAAGUCCUUCCUGGGUCAGCUGUCCGUCUACAGUAAAAGUCAUGAGUUAAAUGUGUCGGUCCAGCAGUCAGGCUUCACGAUCUAUCGGAAGUAUAAACCUGCAGCAGGGGACAGCACUAAAAUAAAAUUUGGGGAUCUUAUUCGCUUCUACCACAAAGAAAUGGAGGCCUAUUUAGUGGCAUCAGGGCUGUUUGAUGAUGAACUUUUAGAAGAUGUACACAUGAGACUAAGACCGAUGGACCAGACCAUUCCCAAAACCUUGUUCCCAAGUUCUUCUGCAAUCACAUACUGGCAGAUAGAGCGGCAGGAGGGGCCUGUUUCCGGAGGCGUUUUGAAAUGGGAGCAACAGUGUAAAAUCAUUCAUAUGUGCACAAGGAAAUACUUGACAGUCAAGGACGGUCACGUGACCUUAACAAGUGAUCACCUAGAUCCAACUACUGUGUUCAGACUACAUCCGGUCAUAAGGGAAAAUUAUGACAUACCCCCAGACAGUUACUGUCGAAUUGAACACGUGGUGACAGGACGCUGGCUUCAUGGAGGAACAGAGGAAUACAAGAAAAGACAGAAGGAUGGAGAUGAUAGCACACAAUCUAUGUCAUCAUUAAAGUGGAGCACGGCGGAACUUAAAGAGAUCGAUACGAUCGAAGAGAUGCAAUAUGAUGAUGCCUUCACUAUACAAAAAGUGGAUGAGGAAUUUGUCAGUAUAUUCAACUAUAUGGCGGGAAUGGUCCCAUUUAUACAAAAGCUUAUAGCAGAUAAAAAGGCAGGAUUGAAAUUAAAUGCAAAGAUGGCCCACGAUGCUGAAUGUGCGUUACAAGAAGUAAGCGCCUUUAUGGUAGUCAACGGAUACCCGAUCAAGAGCAGACAAAAAUUGCUAAGAAACCUUAGAAUUGUGGAACUGCUAGUAAGGCUCUUGCAUAUACCAUUAAGGGGCACAGCUGAUCAAAUUCACAUGACCAAGUUGUUCGUCGAGGCGUAUCAUGUUAUGUAUGUGUAUCUUAUGGGAGACAGUAGAAAGAACGAACUCUACAUCGCCAAAUAUAUCGACUUCUUUCAGUCUCAGUUUGAAAUCAGAGAGGGUCAAAUUGGCUUGAACGCUGUACACAUGGUUAUGGAACUUAUCCGCGACAACAGAAAGAUCGUGGACAGAAUAUCUAAUGAACAUAUCGACAAAUUCGUAGAUCUCUUACAAAGAGACAAGAAUCACAGAUAUUUGGACUUGCUUGGUGUUCUCUGUGUAUGUGAUGGCGUGUCCAUUGCUGUCAAUCAAAAGUACAUCACGGAAGCAUGGCUAAUGAGAGGCAGCAAGCUUUCUUCUUUCUCUUGACAGAAUUGUGUCUAUUACACUGACCUUGGACAAAAAAUAGGAAAAGAAAGUGGCGUUGUGUAUGUCUCCACAACACAAGGAAGAACGUGGACCGAGUUGUCUAACUUCGCCGAAUGUAACAUGAGCGAAUCCUAUUUGUUUCUGGAGCAUCAACUAGAAUUGUUUGGAUAUCUUUGUCAUGGUCAGAAUGAAUUUUCAAUAAAAGUCAUAACUCAGGAUUUGAACUAUCUGACGUGGGAGGAGGCGUUUACAUGUUUAAGUGACACACGACUGCCAGACAAACUCAGAUCCCAGUACUGUGACCUUAUCAUUACAAUGUUUGUUGAUAUUGGAGAUAAUCAUUCUGUAGUGGAUCGAGUCAAACUGUCCUACAAAUAUGACGACAUCGACUCAGUCGAGGAUCGAGUUGACAAUGCACAAUCUAAGACAUACAAAUAUUUCCCAAAGCUCAGCGAGUGGAUUUCUAAGUUCCUAAUGAGAAAUAGGGAUAUGACGGCCUCAACCAUCGGUAAAAACCUACUGGUCAAACAGGUUUUACGAUUGGUUGAUCACUUGGUGUCAUUUGGGUUCUACUACAAACCAGAGGAUAUUACAAGAUUGUUAGAACCACUGAUGUCUCUGAUCGAUGGCAGGAAUGAUAAACCAUAUCCUAAUGUCACAGAUAGAAAUGAUAAACCAUAUCCUAAUGUCACAGGAAAGGACGCCGAUGAUGUUCUAAAAGCAUUCAGAACAAAAGAAAGAUUUGAAAGAAGUGAAGAGACGUCAGCCAUUGUGGAAGCCAAGUGUCAAGCUUUAGACACACUUGAUUUGUUCUUCAACUACAUCUUUAACCUUCGAAUGGAGAGAUUCAUGAGUAUGUUUAAAGUUACCCACACGCAGGCGAUUGAUCCAGAUAGCGCACCCCCUGAGUUAGGCCCUCUUCUUUCCGAAAAUUUUGACUUACAUUCUCAGCACAGUGUCUGCAAGUGUGCCUUGAAGAAGCUGAGAGACAUAUUUGAGCAGACAUCCUUUCUGAAAAAAUAUGAAGUGGUAGAUAUCCUAAAGGACCUGUCUUUCUACCACUACGACGAAAUGAUCAGGAUGUCCAUGCAUCUUUUAAACAGAUACUUCUCAUCUCAUCAUCAGCUUUUCAAAAAUACUGUUCAAGCUCAGGUUCUUAUCACUGACAAAUCUAAGGCAGUGAUGGAAACCUUGGAGACACUUCUCCCAAGCCUUAGGCGUCUGUCGUCUGCCAAAUUAGACAACCAGCAGGCGGAGGAGCUCGUCGCCAUGUUGAACAAACUCAUAUCAAUGUGCCAUUUAGAAAAGGAACCCGAAGAAGCGCAUGGAAUGAAUCAAAGCAUCUUAUAUAAUCAUGGCCUGAUAGAAGAUAUGUUUAUCAUCCUUCAACAGGAUAUUGACGUUCGCCUUCUGGAUCAGUACACAGGACAGAAGAAGGUUCUUCAGCGGGCAUUUACCCUGCUGAAAUUUAUGGCUAGAGGCAACAAACUCGUUCAAGGUCGUCUGUUUGACCGACUAGACAUGCUUCUAUCAAAACGAGGUGCAGAGUCAGAAUUGGCAGAAUGCAUUACAGAGGUGUUUACUGGAAACUCCAACACUUGUAUGAAGAUCCACUCCUAUCAGGUUCACAAGAUUAUGACAUUAGUGUCCAUCCAUAAAGAAAAUGUUCCACAGUUCCUGGAUUUGCUAAAUGCUGUUGUGAAAGUGGAAGAACUCGAUCAUCCAUUGAAGAGAAACCAAAGUUUUGUCAUGCAGUAUUUCAUGCAAUACAGGUCUGAUAUUGCUCAAGUUAUUGACCAAGAAGAAGGGUCAAGACUGCAAAUUUUAACGAAUACAGGCGGGCCAGAACUACAAUACUUGAUUUCUAUGGUGGAUGUCUUAGCUACAUGUGCUGAGGGUGAAAACAGGCACAUCGAAUCAAUUUGUAAAACAAUCUUCAGUAUCAGAGAUCUUCUAAAAAUACUGACCAAUCAGAUGAUCAGUAACAACUUCAAACUUCCCUUCCUCCGCUUUUUACUGUGGGUCUACCUGAACACAGCUGGGGGUAUGAUCGAGAGUGGAGCUGGAGACAUGCCCCACGACAGUUUAAUGUGGCAGUAUCUUUCUGAAAUAACAACGGAUCUAGACAAUGUAACAAAGUGUGCGAAAGAUAAUACAGAAAAGACCAAAAUGCUUCUAAAAUCGCCACCACCAAGAAGUAACACCAAAGGGAAUAAGGAAGAAGAAACUCAGGGCACGCUACAUUAUAUAAUUGACGGAAUCAUGCCAUUUCUACAGAUUUUCUGUCGCUCAUUUUAUCAGCCUGAUUCGUCCGUGUUUCCAGAUGAACCAGAAAAAAUGGAUAAACUUGCCAAUUCAUUCAAGGAAUUCAUGGAGGUCGUUGCCCCUUUGAUAUGCAUAGAGAGACAGAUGAAGAACUUGGUUUCCUGUAUGACGUCACUUUUGUCUGCGUCCACACUUCCUGUCAAAAUUAUGGAAGAAUUUAACGAGAAAUAUGGACAGACAAUGGGAUCACAUGAUAUCCGGAGUGAUGCAAGGAAGUCUUAUGAAUCUUACUAUGAAAUGGAAGAAGAGAUUAAUAGACAACUGAAUGUGUUUUCGGUAAAUAUGAGGGUUGCUUAUGGUGGUCCGAAUACAAUAGAGGCUCAAAUUGACUACAAUUCGAAUGCAGUUUAUUCGGAGGUCGGUGGAGAUGAAGAGCUACCUCUGGGUCAGGAGUUUCAAGAUCACCUUAAGUGCUUCAUGGAUCCUAGCAAAAAAGAUCCGAUCGAACGUUAUCAGAUGAGCGAAAAACUCAUUAGACAAUUAAAAAUAUCAAAUCAGUUAACACAUCUCAGCGAAAAAGAAAAGCUAGAGCAAGAACAGCUAGAUGUUAAAUGCCUGCAGCUUCUGCGAGCCAUGAUUUAUAACGAGGUGGUCAAGCUUCCAGAUGACUGGGAAGCGGAAGUAUCUGCCCAUCGGAAAAAACUGAAGGCUAUUUCUGACGUGCAGGAUGCCCUGAAUCAUUUCGAUGUUGUUAUCAGCGUCAUGGAACACCUGAAUCGUCCCCAGGAUGAUGUGGUCCGGGAAACCCUGUCCUUUAUAUGCAUGCUCCUCUAUAAUGGAAACGAAAAUGUGCAGACUAAACUUUAUGAGUAUUUUACUGGUACCCGAGAGGAGUCGUUUUUCUUUACCUUAAAGGCUCGUAUGCAGAUGUCCGCCAUUGCAACACGAGAAAAGCGGCUGCUGCACGCGAUGUACCAGUCAAAAGUCGAUGAGGCAGUCCAACAAGCUAAAGCUUUACAGAAAGCAAUGGCUUCCGGAAAAAUGGCGCAAUUGGAAAUAUUAAAGGCCAAUAGAAUCGGAUCUAUGAUGUCUAUGGCAAAAAGAUCAAUGGCACAACUCCGUCCAGGAAAUAAUAUGCUUGCUUUGCCUGGAUCUUCUAGGCCACCAUCGCGAUUCGGCUCCAAAGCUAAACUCGGCGGAGGUUUCAGUCGAGAAAACACGAUGAUGGGUAAUCUUCUUCUUCAGCCCCCAACACUGAAUGUAAAUGGUGUCCAGAAAUCCUCACUUCAAGUAAAUGGCAUUCCAAAUGGCUUCUCUAAUCCAAAAUCAAAGGUUGCACCGAUGGAAGAUCCUCCUGAAGUUCAAAUCGAGAAAGUAGACGAUGAAGAAUUGAAAGAGUUAAUGGGAGCCGCUAUGAGUAUGACGGGAGAUUUCACGUUCAGAGAUGACGGCUACAUAGAACUGGUACUUCGUAUGCUGGGAUUGAUGUGUGAUAACCAGCACUUUGAACUUCAGAAUUACAUACGAGAGCAAUAUGACAACAUCAAGUCAGUAAACCUCGUGGCAGAAACAACAAAGUUCCUCAACAUCCUAUACUCUAACAUCAAUGAGAGAACAAUGCCAUUAGUGGUGCAGCUCUUUGACACAUUGGUGGAGUUCACAUCGGGCAAUAAGAAGAACCAGUCGGUAGUGUUUGAAAACAAGGUUUGUGAUUACAUCAACCACAUACUGAGGACAGGCCAUUUUCCAGGUUGUGGACUUAAAGAGGAAUAUAUCUUGAAAAGGUCUAUAGCAGUGUUGAUACGAUCUCUGACAGAAGAAAAUACCCCGGAUGUAGAUGAAGAAAUCAUGGCAAAGGAAGUAAUGGAAUAUCUGGAUGAGGACCAUUGCGUCAACACGAUGACAGAAGCCUAUUCUCAGAUCAUGGGUAUGAAUAAAUCUCGUUCAUCUAAGAAUGAUCGCAGAGAAUUUGAGGAACUGUAUGAUUUGAUCGAGAGUACAGGCUUCGCUUACUUUCAUAUAUUGUGCCGGGAAAUGGAUAUGGAUCCUGAUUUAGGGAGAGACAACUUGGUGAAAACAGACAUACAACGAGCGGCUUGGGAUUACUAUGCGGCAAGUAGUUUGUCCAUCGAGAUUUUGAAAGACGACGCCUUGCAGAAAGUUUACUUUCGUGUCAAAGAUAAGAACGUGCUUAGAGAAGAGAUCAAAGAAAAGUUUAAGUAUGAGGUGGACAGAACGUCCCCGAGUAACAAAAUCAGGGAUUUCAUGGACUGGGCUAGCGACAUCAUUCAGGACAUCAAAUAUCAACGAAAGAUUCACUCCAAUAUUGUCGGAAGGAUAUUACUCAAGAUGUGGCUUCCCAUGAACUAUAUUGUCCUCCUUCUAAGUUUCAUCAUUAGCUGUGUCAUCAUGGUGACGUGGAGAGACCCCAAAAACGCGGAUGGAACUUCUAACACGGGGAGCAUAGUUCCGGAGUUCACCAUAAAUAGCAAUACGUACUAUCUGUUCUUGUACAUAUGCGGAGGAAUACACAACUUCCUUAGUCUGUGUAUGUUGGUGACCUUUUUGAUUUCUAACCAACCUACGUUCCCGCCAUACAACUGGCUCAAAAAGAAAUUAUCGUCUAAUGAUGACGAUGAUGAUGACGUCAGAUCGUGGCAUGAAAAGAAAGACCAGUCACAUCUUGAGUUUGAAAUUUACAACAUAUACACAAUUUAUUAUUUCCUGUUUUUCGUGUGCUCCGUUCUAGGCACCAUUUACUACGGGUAUUUCUUUUCAUUCCACUUGCUUCAUUUGGCUGAAUUAAAUCAGCUACUGAAGAGGGUCAGACUGGCAGUCACCACCAAUGGUAAAGCAUUGUUGAUGGUUGCCCUUCUUGGUUUGGCUUUAUUUUUCUGCUACUCGUUGGUGGCCUUUGCUGUGUUACGAGAGUCUUUCUUCCAGGAAGCGUCCGGACGCCAUUGUCGAACCGUUUACCAGUGUUUUAUCACGAUGAUUCACCACGGCUUCGUUGACACACCUUAUACAACCUUUGAAGGUAUAAUGACGUCUGACUAUACUGACGUUAUCAUGGUGACGGUAUUUGAUGUGACGUUCUUCAUUCUAAUCACCACUAUCGGGCUGAAUAUCAUCUUUGGUAUCAUAGUGGACACUUUCUCACAGCUUAGAGAUGCCAAGUGGGAGAUUGAUAAAGAUAUGAUGAAUAACUGCUUCAUCUGUAGCAGGGAAUCCUAUGACUUUGAGAGACAUGGCGGGGGUUUUGAAAAACACGUGAAAACAGAGCAUCACCAGUGGUCCUACCUGUUUUUCUUUAUCCAUCUGACGGAGACCCGUCCUAACGAUUUCUCCGCCCUGGAGCUGUUUGUUUAUAACCAGCUUGAAAGACAUAUUUAUGAUUUCUUCCCCCUGAAUCGAGCUCUCAGUCUACAAAACGAGGAGGACUCGAAUGAACGAAAAGUGGAGAUUUUACGUAUUCAAGUAGAUUACAUGGUCAACAAAAUGAAGGAAGAGGCUGCUGAAAAGGAAAGGCAGAAAGAGAAGCAACGCCAGCUGGCCUGGGAGGCGGAGCAUAAGGCUCCAGCGACCAGUAAGGUGACUCGAAAGACUCCGAAAAGUGCUAAGCACAGAUAACCAAUGAAAAGAUCAGUUACAAAAAAUCAAUAAAAGACAUCUUUACAAGAACAUUCAAAAGUAACAAUGAAAGGAUCUUCUACAACUAAAGAACUCCAUAUGCAGUAACUAAAGGAAAAGAUAAUUCUAUUUGAGGACACAUUCCAGAUUUAUAUAACGUCAGAAGAAGAAAGGAAAUUUCAUUUUUAAAUUCAAAUGAAUAUUCACAUUUAUGUAAUCUACCCACAGAUAGUGUCAAAUGGAAUUCCGAAAGAUCUCUAAAGGUUAGAAUGAAAAGAAUGAAGUAAACACCAGGAAUUUUGAAUGUUAUCUGGUUUUAUUUGUUCUAUAAGAACACUUUGUUGUUAUUUUAUUUCAAUAUUCUUUCUUAUUCUUUCUUAUAUUGUCAACACAAUC